GUGAAUUUAUCGUGAAACGAUGCAAUUUUUGGCAGAAGGAGAGCCACUAUAAAAUUCGAAACGAUUCUUAGUAUGAACAUCAGUCUUCCAAUCGAGACUAACCUCGAGAUUCAUCUACCUCCAAAAUGAAAACCAUUGUUAUUAUUUUUGUUCUGGUUGUCGUUGUUUCCGCUGCGCCUCAAGAAAUAGUCCUCGUUAAAGAAACUCCCUCUGAUAAUGUUGGACUUGGUGGUUAUAACUAUGGUUUCCAACUUUCCGACGGUCAAGUUAAACAGGAAUCUGCAGAAGUAAUCGAAGGAGGAACUGAUGGUCAAUUCUUACGAGUUCGAGGUACCUUCUCUUUUGUUGAUCCACAAACUAAUAUUGCAUAUACUGUAAAUUAUAUUGCCGAUGACACUGGUUUCCAUCCACAAGGAGAGCAUCUUCCACGAGUUUAAAUUUUUCAAAUAUUUGAUAUAGAAUAUUCAUUAAUUGUUAUAUAAUAUUUUCCAUAGAUUGAAAAUUUAAUCGUUUUAAAUUUUGUUUGUUUUUGAAAUCAAUAUUAUAUAUAGAAUAAAUACACACUUACUUGGUUAUUUGUAAAAUAGUGUAAACUUCUAUUUUUUAUUUUUUAUUUUGUAAAAUAAUUAUGUUAAAUAAAUACUGUUUAUGUUGAAUAAA